CUUCAAAAGAUCGACUCUGUGCCGCGCGAGACUGCUCCAGUUGGACAUCUGUAGUUGCGCAAAGACUGUAAAUCAACCUGUUGUACUUUAGUAUGUGUAGGUAUUUGCGUUUCUCUCCUAGUGUCCCAUCUGAUUCAAGGCUGUUUCUCUUGUAAGAGUUCAUAUUUUCCCAUGUCACAUCACAGUAAGCUGCAGAAGCAGGUCCUGGCUCUGUACCGACAGCUCCUGAGAGCGGGUCAGCGAAAACCGGGCUUCACGCCACGAAUCCGAGAUGAGUUCAGAGAGAAUGCUCAGAUCAAGAGAACGGACGUGAUGCACAUCGAAUACCUGUACCGACGAGGACAGAGGCAGCUGGAGCAGCUGAAGGACGUCAACACCAAACAACUGGGCUCCUUCUCCAAACCCAAAGAUUCCAUUUGACCUUGAACCUGCAAUGAGCUAACCUUAAUAACACCACCAGAACCUGGGCGUCAAAGUGAGGCUCUGAGACCCUGCAUUCAGAUCCAGUGGAGAAACAUUUACUCAGUAGUAGUCUGGUCUUGAUCCAGCCUUAAAUACAUUAAAAUCACACACACUCGUGACACAUUAACGCUGAUGUGUCACUGUCAGAUUAUUAAAAGCACAAAACUGUAGAAAUGCA